AUGAGCCUUCUUCCCUUCUUCUCUACAGAGACCUGGGCCCUUUUGCUUAUUUUCCUAGCCCUCCUGAUAGCAUAUGGAAUCUGGCCAUAUGGUUUGUUCAAGAAGUUGGGUAUUCCCGGGCCAAGACCUCUGCCUUUCUUUGGGACAUGCCUGGAAUAUCGCAAAGGUUUCUUGGAGUUUGACAAUGAAUGUUUCGAGAAAUAUGGGAAAGUCUGGGGGAUUUACGAUGGCAGACAACCUGUGCUGGGUAUCAUGGACCCCCAAAUCAUUAAAUCUGUGCUGGUUAAAGACUGUUACUCCACCUUUACCAAUCGGAGGCACAUAGAACUAGCAGGAGUGCUGAACAACGCUGUCUCAUUAGCUGAAGAUGAACAGUGGAAAAGGAUUCGUACUGUGCUCUCUCCAACCUUCACCAGUGGGAAACUAAAGGAGAUGUUCCCUAUAAUGAAGCACUAUGGGCAAGUUUUGGUGAAAAAUGUUCAAAAAAGAGUGGAAAAGGACAACACUAUAUCUAUAAAGGACAUCUUUGGAAGCUACAGCAUGGAUGUUGUCACCAGCACUUCAUUUGGUGUGAACAUCGACUCCAUGAACAACCCCAAAGACCCCUUUGUCAGAGAGAUGCAGAAACUGGUCAAGUUUGACUUUUUUGACCCGAUCUUCAUCUUGGCAUUUGUAUGCCCAUUCCUUAUUCCUCUUAUGGUCAAGAUGAAUGUAAGCUUCUUCCCUGGUGAUGCUGUCGAUUUCUUCAUGAGAUCCCUCUCCAAAAUUAAGCAGGAUCGUGAAAAGGAUCCUCACAAGGGCAGAGUAGAUUUUCUGCAGCUAUUGAUUGAAUCCCAGCACUCAAACAGUCACAAGAGCAAUGAAACAAAUAAUUCGCAUAAAGCCCUGACUGAUAUAGAGGUCCUGUCUCAAGCAUUCAUCUUUAUUUUUGCUGGCUAUGAGCCCACCAGCAACACUCUUUGUUACCUGGCAUAUGAACUGGCCACAAAUCCUGAUGUGCAACAAAAACUGCUGGAGGAAAUAGAUACUGUUUUACCCAACAAGGCUCCUCUCACCUAUGAAGCAGUAAUGCAAUUGGAAUAUCUGGACAUGGUAGUGAGUGAAACCCUUCGGCUUUUCCCCAUUGGAGGACGGAUUGAGAGAGCAUGCAAGAAAGACGUAGAAAUAAAUGGAGUGACCAUUCCCAAAGGAACGAUUGUUAUGAUCCCACCCUAUACCCUGCACCGCAAUGCCGAGUACUGGCCAAACCCAGAAGAGUUCAGACCAGAAAGGUUCAGAAAAGAAAACAAAGAGUCCAUAGACCCGUAUACAUAUUUGCCCUUUGGAGCUGGUCCCAGGAACUGCCUUGGGAUGCGCUUUGCUCUCCUGACUCUGAAAGUUGCCAUCGCUGUCCUAUUGCAACAUUUCACCUUCCAGACCUGUAAGGAAACUCAGAUCCCUCUCAAGCUGAGUUCACAGGGACUCUUAAGGCCAGAGAAGCCGAUUAUUCUGAAGUUAGUCCCUCGGACCAACACUGGACCUGCAGAGGCAUAA